UUCACAUCUUCGUGAGAGCCAUUCAUCGGCAUAACCAUCAUUCUGAAGAGACGAUUGCAGACACGGACAUUAGUGUCAACUAUCCACUAGAGCUUCUCAAGGUACAGCCCACUAACUCAGUCAAAUGCUUAAAAUUUAAGCGACACUUGGUUUCGUGUGACAAAUCUUACAGAGGUGACGUUAGAUGAUUGUGGACCGGGACGACUGGAGAGGAGUGACAGACCCAGCCGAAAGGAAGAAGCGUCAGAAUCGUCUCCGCCAGCGGUUAGCACGUGAGAAAAAAAGGACCGCCGCGUAUGCAACGCUUACGUCUAAUAUCGAUUCCUCUUGGAAUGGUUUCGGUAUUCUAGUCUCUAGAGCAUCACACAAGCCUAUGGCUAAGAGCGAGGAUCUCGCCAUUUCCAACUGCUUUAGACAUGAUUCGUUUGACAAAAAUCUUUAUGAAUCAUUCGAACCAGACACAGAAAUCCGGAAAGAAGAGACACACAUGGUUAUGCCGCCUCUCAUGCUGUACACGACAGCCGCAACCUUUGGACAGCCAACGUCUCCUCUCAUUUUUCCUCUGAGCCCAGACUAUUGUCUACUCACGAUGGUUCAAUACAACGUUCAACGCGCUUCGCUGUUCAAUAUGGCCGUCCUAUCUCUUCUAGACCAUCUCCCUCUAGAAUGUGGGGCCACCCUCAACCUUAUUACACUCAGAUGUAUAUUGUAUUGUAUAAGAACUAGAGUUCUAACUACUGUAGGUAUCUAGUACAUAACUUAAAUAGUGAUAUCCACUAGGCACCCUGUCUUAUAACCUGAUUGUAUUAUAGAAAUCUA